UAUAAAUGUAUAUAUUGGAAGGUACAUGCUUAAAUUUGAAACAACUCUCGAUUUUGGCCAUAAACAAAAAAGGAAGCCGAAUUGUUUUGUAAUUUCUCUUCAUGCUUAAAUUUUUUUAUUCAAAAUCUGUUUUUUUUUUUCUUUUUGUCAUUUUGAUAUUAUCCGACCAAGAAGUACGGCCGGUCUUGACCAAGAAUGGGGCACCUAUACUAGAAUUGGGACCAGCUGGGCUGAAGAAUCUCCCGGACCACCGAAGGGGACCUCGGAGUUAAUCUCAACUUCAAGGUGAAGAUUAUGGUUCUGUACUCUCUAAUCUUUGGCCUCGAACAUUAUUUAUAGCUGCUGCCUUCUUUCCUUCCAAUAUCCUGUAAUCUCCAACAGCCACGGCAGGCGUCCUCCCUCCUCGGUAACCACACUUGUCACCUUCUUCUCCCCCUCAACAACGUUGUCCUCUACUUUGCUGGAGCUUCGCUGUCCUCAGCGAAUCUGAAGAUAGAUAAGAGACUGAGCCUAUCAGAGGCUGACAUUGGAAUUAGUCGCUGAGCUCAGCAUAGAAGAACGGAGACUAAUGGACAGUAGUACAAGGUUUCUCUUCAGCAAUGGCACUUUUUUGCCGACCUACGAAGUCCCUCCUGUUUCUUCCUUCCUCGAAGCCCAUCCCGGUGCUUAUACAACCACUAGGACUCACGACAAUGCCUCAUGUGUAUUGCUAUGGGAACGGCAUUUGAAGAGACUUGCCAAUUCUGUAAAACUACUGUUCGAUAGCAGCCCUAAGGUUUUGUUUGGAAGAUCCAGUUGGUCCACUGCUCAUUCAUCACUGUCAGCAUCGAUAAAAUCACCCCAGUUUGAGUUGAUUAUUCGGUGUCUAGUCAAUGAAAAUAUGAGCAAAGUGAAACCUGUCGUGACCAAGGAUACAAACAUUGGGCAUGAAUGGGCCAUCACAAUUCUUAUUAGUGGGAAUGCUGAGAAGUUAACUGGAACUGUGAGUUUAGAUGAAGAGAAGCUCUCCAGGGCUCUUGAUGUUCAUAUUCAUGUUGGCCCGUAUAUUCCAAUGGUAUUUGGUACUAUUGGAGCCCGGUUGGCUUUGGCCGGGCGAGGAAGGAUUAUUGCAGCUGCAAAGCAUUCAGAUUGGGUAAGGAGCAGGAAGUCUUUGGAGAAGUUGAGGCCUCCUUCAGUGAAUGAGUUGUUGCUGUCAAAUGAUGGUGAUCAUAUACUCGAAGGAUCAGUGACAAACUUCUUUGUUGUGUGUCGCAGGGUUGAAAAAUCUACGGAUGUAAAGGGAAGCACCUACUCCUCUUUUGAAGUACAGACUGCUCCCCUUGGUGAUGGAGUUCUUCCUGGUGUCAUAAGGCAACUGGUCAUUGAAGUAUGCUUGGAUAAGGGAAUACCAGUCAAAGAAGUUGCUCCUUCGUGGUCCAUUCAUGAAUGUUGGGAGGAGGCCUUUGUCACAAGUAGCUUGCGGCUUCUGCAGCAUGUGGAAAGCGUUAGAGCUCCGAGCACAUGGGAUCCAUCAGAAUCGAGAAGCUGGAACGAGAUAGAGUGGGAGGAGAAGCAGUUGAAGGGAGGCCCUGGGAUGAUCACGACGAUAAUUCAGGAGGAAGUCACGGCGAAGGCAUUUGCUGAGGGUUACUUGAUGACUUCAUGACUCAUAAACUGAAUUCAUCCAGAUGCAUCUGACAGAAGAUUAAAGCAAGAUGGAAAAAUGUAGGUAACUAAGGAAUUUUCUGCUGUAGAAAUCUGUAAAAAGCAAAAUCUCGACAUUGACGUGGUUAUAAAUGACAUGAUUGAACAAGAAAUAAAGACAUAGCGGCAUUUUGUUAUCAAGAA